CUCUUCCGUGACAAUGAUGACAUAUCACUUCACUGUUUGAAAAAAACAAAUAUGCAUGAGGUUGUUUUUAAUAUUUUGUUCUUGACAGACGUUGACGAAAAAGUAAGAUUUCGAACAACUAGUUGCAGCUCAUAAUUCUCCAAAUUUGAAGAACCAUGCCUGAAAGUACCAAAGCAGGAGAUUUCUUUCUCCCAUGGGCGCAGUUGGAUCAGCUGAGUACGCCUUCUCAAGACGAUUUUCUUAGUAAGCAGAGGCAGGGAGAGGACGUGAGCAUUUGCAUUAUCCGCGAAGGUGAUGUGGAGACGACUUACCAAGUCUUGGUGCCGCCAAGGAUCACAGUUGCCGAAUUGAAGAAAGCAGUCACAGCGCAGACCGGUGGUCUGAUUCCAGUGGCCGUUCAAGAGUUUAGGAGGUCAGAAGGACAGACGUUUGCUCUGAAGGAUGAAGAAAUACUCUGCUGUUUUGAAAACGAAAUUCUGGUACUGAGGACAGUAGUUGCGCAGUCAUCUGACGGAGUAGGGGGAAUGAAUGCUGCUGGGACAGAAUCAGGAUCGCAAGGAAGAAGGAAAAAGCAAGUUGGGAGAUGCAGUGUGAUGUAGUUAAGUGGGUGCUGACAUCUUGAAAAUAUAGAUAUUUACUUUCUUCCUGAGCAUGAAAUAAAAAAACCAAGUGUUGAUCUGGUGAUAGUUUUGGCAAAAAAGUGAAGGGUGGUGUACAGAAAAGUCCCAAGGAAGUAAUCAUUGUCGUCUUGUGCUUGCGGAUGAUGAUCAUCAUAAAAUCUACUAUCUAGC